CGAGUGCUCAUGGGACAGCAUUCCGAAUGGAGCUUCCUUGCCUUACUCGGCUCAUGUCGCUGGUUUAGGUUACAGUUUACAGCAAAAUGCAGGCAAAUCAAACGGAUGGUCCACCCGAAACAUACAGCUCAAACAACAGUGUCGUUCUUUACGUUCAAUUACAAGGUGAGUCCCCCGAAAAGCUAGAGACAAUCGGCGUAAACAAGACCGAAGAGCGACUGGAAGAAGAAUCGGAGACCGAGGAAACGACUCCUUCGUCAGAUGAUCUCGAACAGUUUGCGAGGGAAUUUAAGCAGCGAAGGAUCAAGCUUGGUUCCUCCCAAGCGGAUGUUGGAAUGGCUUUAGGGACACUGUACGGAAACGUGUUUAGCCAGACCACGAUUUGCCGCUUUGAGGCGCUGCAGUUAAGUUUUAAGAACAUGUGUAAGCUUAAACCGUUGCUCGCAAGAUGGCUCGAGGAAACGAACAACAAUAAUGGCAUUCCUUGCGGAGUGGACAAAGCUACCUCUCAGGUUGGAAAACGCAAGAAGAGGACCUCCAUCGAGAAUUCAGUGAAGAGUGUUUUAGAGACACAUUUCUGUAACAAUCCGAAACCGACCGCUCAAGAAAUUGCCUCGCUGGCAGAAGAUCUUCAGUUUGAUAAAGAGGUAAUUCGAGUUUGGUUUUGCAACAGACGACAGAAGGAAAAGCGCAUGACUUCGUUGGUCACUGCUGCCAGUGAAAACGCGAUAAGCGAAAACGAAUAACGUUUCCCAUGCAAUUGAACUGUGUGUGUUGUCCAUGAUAACUGUUGAUAUUUUAACAGUCGGAAUGUUUAUAUUAAUGUUCGGAAAAUAUCUAUAAGACUCGUAACACAUCGGAAUUGUGGUACACUCAUUAUUUUUGUGUUUCGCUCUACGAUUGAACAUUCUUUACAUAAGGGUAAGGUAUUUGGAAAGUAUCUGUAAGUUGGGCAUGAAGCAUUAUAUAAUCUUUUAAAAUUUUUUAUUAAGGUUUUAUUCAGUUUCUUUUGGGUUUUGUCAUUGAAUUAACCGAAAACCAUUUGUAAGAUUAGGUGGCCUUGAUACUACAGAAACUCAACAAUUGUAGUUUGAGUGGUCUUUAAUACUUUCAUCAGUAAAUUUGAACGGUACAAACUCUUUCAGCUAGAUACAUUGGGUCAUAUUUUACUUUAAUUUCCUUGUUACAUUGACUGGCUCAAUGUUUCGACCAGCGAGUAUGCAUCAGUCAAUUCCAGCUGAACUCAGCA